CCCAAAGCAACAGCCUCCCAAAUGUGUCAAUUCUAUGAGCAAUAAAACAAUAGAUAGCGUAAUAGUGUAAUAAAAGCUGUUAGGAGAGGGAGAGGGAGAAAUUGACUCUCAAUCUCUUUCCUGAUUAGGGAAAAAAUCAUGGCUUCGAACAUAUCAUUGGAAGAUAUAAAAAAUGAAACAGUCGAUCUUGAGAAUAUCCCCAUUGAAGAAGUUUUCCAAGAGUUGAAAUGUUCAAGGGAUGGUUUGACAUCAGAUGAAGGAGCCAAAAGGCUCCAGAUCUUUGGAGCCAAUAAGCUUGAGGAGAAAAAGGAGAGCAAAUUCUUGAAGUUCUUAGGGUUCAUGUGGAAUCCUCUGUCUUGGGUUAUGGAGCUUGCAGCCAUCAUGGCCAUUGUUUUGGCCAACGGAGGGGGCAAGCCCCCAGAUUACCCAGACUUCAUUGGUAUUGUCGUGCUCCUCGUCAUCAACUCAACCAUAAGUUUCAUUGAAGAAAACAAUGCAGGAAAUGCUGCAGCUGCUCUUAUGGCUGGCCUUGCUCCCAAGACCAAGGUUUUGAGAGAUGGCAAGUGGUCUGAGCAGGAUGCCUCAAUCCUCGUUCCAGGAGACUUGAUCAGCGUCAAGUUAGGGGAUAUUAUCCCGGCUGAUGCUCGUCUCUUGGAAGGUGAUCCUUUGAAGAUCGACCAAUCGGCCCUCACUGGGGAAUCCCUUGCUGUAACAAAGCACCCUGGUGAUGAAGUUUUCUCCGGUUCCACGUGCAAACAAGGUGAGAUUGAGGCUGUGGUCAUCGCCACUGGUGUUCACACCUUCUUCGGCAAAGCUGCUCAUCUUGUUGAUAGCACCAACAAUGUGGGGCACUUCCAAAAGGUAUGGAACGAUCUUGGAUUUUUAAUCAAAAUCGCGUUUUUGACACAUCAAGAUUUAUCUCAAGACUUUAAAUUCCUGUUUAAUCAGGUGUUGACCGCAAUUGGGAACUUCUGUAUCUGCUCCAUCGCUCUGGGGAUGAUCAUUGAAAUUAUAGUAAUGUACCCCAUCCAGCAUAGAAAGUACAGAGAUGGAAUUGACAAUCUGUUGGUGUUGCUUAUUGGAGGUAUCCCAAUUGCUAUGCCGACAGUCUUGUCUGUGACCAUGGCUAUUGGAUCUCAUCGCCUGUCGCAACAGGGUGCUAUCACAAAAAGGAUGACAGCCAUUGAGGAAAUGGCCGGCAUGGACGUGCUUUGCAGUGACAAGACAGGCACGCUCACCCUCAACAAGCUCACUGUCGAUAAGAAUUUGAUUGAGGUGUUCCCCAAGAACGCCGACAAGGACACUGUUGUCUUACUUGCUGCCAGGGCUUCCAGAAUCGAGAACCAGGAUGCCAUUGAUGCUUCGAUCGUCAACAUGCUCGGUGAUCCCAAGGAGGCAAGAGCAGGAAUUAUUGAGGUGCAUUUUUUGCCCUUCAAUCCAGUGGAGAAACGUACUGCCAUUACUUACUAUGACUCUAACGGAAACUGGCACAGAUGCAGCAAGGGUGCUCCUGAGCAAAUUAUUGAACUUUGUGAGCUCAAAGGUGAGACCCUAAAGAGGGCUCAUGAGAUCAUCGACAACUUUGCGAACCGCGGUCUACGAUCUCUUGGCGUUGCACGACAAACUAUUCCUGAGAAAAACAAAGAGAGUGCUGGUGGCCCUUGGGAGUUUGUUGGCUUGUUGCCUUUGUUUGACCCCCCAAGGCAUGACAGUGCAGAGACUAUCAAGAAAGCUCUUGACCUUGGUGUGAAUGUGAAGAUGAUCACCGGUGACCAGCUGGCUAUUGGCAAAGAGACUGGUCGUAGGCUUGGAAUGGGUACCAACAUGUAUCCAUCUUCCAGCCUUCUUGGCCAGAGCAAGGAUGAGUCUAUUGCUUCGAUGCCCGUUGAAGAACUCAUAGAGAAGGCUGAUGGAUUUGCUGGGGUCUUCCCAGAGCACAAAUAUGAGAUUGUGAAGAAGCUGCAGGAGAGGAAGCACAUUUGUGGUAUGACUGGAGAUGGUGUAAAUGAUGCACCAGCACUCAAGAAGGCAGACAUUGGCAUCGCUGUAGCGGAUGCAACUGAUGCUGCCAGGGGCGCAUCGGACAUUGUUCUGACUGAGCCAGGACUUAGCGUGAUCAUAAGCGCAGUGCUUACAAGUCGUGCCAUCUUCCAGAGAAUGAAGAAUUACACCAUUUAUGCAGUUUCCAUCACUAUCCGUAUUGUCAUGGGAUUCAUGCUAAUUGCGCUCAUUUGGAAGUUUGACUUCUCACCAUUCAUGGUUUUGAUCAUCGCUAUCCUGAAUGACGGUACCAUCAUGACCAUCUCCAAGGAUAGGGUGAAGCCAUCUCCACUACCCGACUCAUGGAAGCUCAAGGAAAUCUUUGCAACCGGCAUUGUCCUUGGGACGUAUAUGGCUAUCAUGACUGUUGUUUUCUUCUAUCUCGCGUCUGAUACCGACUUCUUCUCUGAUACCUUUAAGGUGAGAUCAAUCAGGAACAAUUUCGAGGAGCUUACUGCUGCCCUUUACCUUCAAGUGAGCAUUAUUAGUCAGGCACUCAUCUUUGUGACGCGAUCAAGAAGCUGGUCAUUUAUCGAGCGCCCUGGUCUCUUGCUUGUCGGAGCUUUCUUGAUUGCCCAGUUGUUGGCUACCAUCAUUGCUGUAUAUGCACACUGGGAAUUUGCAAGAAUUAGGGGCAUUGGAUGGGGCUGGGGUGGAGUCAUCUGGAUCUACAGCAUUGUCACUUACAUCCCACUUGACGUUAUCAAGUUCGGGAUUCGCUUCGCUUUGAGCGGCAAAGCUUGGGAUUCCAUGAUCCAGAACAGGACUGCUUUCACCACCAAGAAAGAUUAUGGUAAAGGUGAGAGAGAAGCUCAAUGGGCAAUGGCUCAACGCACCCUUCAUGGGCUCUCAACCACUGAAACUCCUGGCAAUGAGAAUAGCUACAAGGAAUUGUCUGAAAUCGCCGAGCAGGCAAAGAGAAGGGCUGAAGUUGCAAGGCUGAGGGAGCUCCACACUCUUAAGGGACACGUCGAGUCAGUCGUCAAGCUGAAGGGUUUGGACAUAGAGACCAUCCAACAACACUACACUGUGUAAGAAUGUGUGGAAAGAUCAUGGUCAACUCUUGAACAAGAGAGGGGAUGCAAUAACUGAAGAUUAACAGACAAUUUAAGCACUCCUUGAGGUGGGAGGCGUGUUCAUUAAAGUUAUGAAAUAAGCUUGCGAGAAAUUAUGUGUUUAUAAUUAUUAGAUGGUCCUUUGUAUUAUUAUUUUUAUAAGAAUGUUUAUGGUUUUUUGUUUUUU